AUGGCGCCGGCUAACGAACCGACGCAACGAGGCGCCGACGCCGGUGCUACGAAAAAGCGCCGCCGCCGAAGACGCGGCAAGAAGAGGCGCGGAGAUGAGCCCGUGACGGCAUCAACCCCAAUCCCCUUCCUACCUGAUCCCACCCCAAUAUUUGCGUACAACGCACCCCCCUCCCUUCCCAUGCAUGCCGUCCCAAAUCAGGGCCCGCGUGCAGCGCCACGUCGCCGCCAGGCGGCGCCACCGGCACACAAUGUGCCGAGAGUGGCAUUCAAGCCGCCUUUGGCGGACGUAAGACGCGCACCUCCCGCGCCUCCCACAUACCCCGCGCCGCGUUCGGCACACGCCGCGCCCGCGCCCUUCACACAAGCGCCCGUCGACAGAGCACUGAACAUGCUUAUUAGCCUGUAA